ACAUGCCGUACUGUGUAGCAGCUCCGGGCUACGCGGUGUGAUUCCUGUGGGGGAGACGUGCGCCUUCGCGUUUUGCCCGUCGCGGCCCAGCGGGCUUUUGGGGCCGCAGGUUCGUCUUUGUUCGUCGAUAUCACGGUGUGACGGGCGCUGCGGCCCCCUGAGCCGGCUUCACCAUGCUGGUGCUGUUUGAGACGUCGGUCGGGUACGCCAUCUUUAAGGUUCUAAAUGAGAAGAAACUUCAGGAGGUUGACAGUUUGUGGAAAGAAUUUGAAACUCCAGAAAAAGCAAAUAAAAUAGUAAAGCUAAAACAUUUUGAGAAAUUUCAGGAUACAGCAGAAGCCUUAGCAGCAUUCACAGCUUUGAUGGAGGGCAAAAUCAAUAAGCAGCUGAAGAAGGUUCUGAAGAAAAUAGUAAAAGAAGCUCAUGAGCCUCUGGCUGUAGCUGAUGCUAAGCUGGGAGGAGUCAUAAAGGAAAAGUUGAAUCUCAGCUGUAUCCACAGCCCUGUUGUUAAUGAACUCAUGAGAGGAAUUCGUUCACAAAUGGAUGGAUUAAUCCCUGGGGUAGAACCACGUGAAAUGGCAGCUAUGUGUCUUGGAUUGGCUCACAGCCUGUCUCGGUAUAGGUUGAAAUUUAGUGCUGAUAAAGUGGACACAAUGAUUGUUCAGGCUAUUUCGUUGUUGGAUGACCUGGAUAAAGAACUAAAUAACUAUAUUAUGCGAUGUAGAGAAUGGUAUGGCUGGCAUUUCCCUGAAUUAGGAAAAAUUAUUUCGGAUAAUUUGACAUACUGCAAGUGUUUACAGAAAGUUGGCGAUAGGAAGAACUAUGCUUCUGCUACACUUUCUGAACUGCUCCCAGAAGAAGUUGAAGCUGAAGUGAAAGCAGCUGCAGAAAUAUCUAUGGGCACAGAAGUUUCAGAAGAAGAUAUUUGCAACAUUCUGCAUCUUUGCACCCAGGUGAUUGAAAUCUCUGAAUAUAGAACCCAGCUCUAUGAAUAUCUGCAGAAUCGCAUGAUGGCCAUUGCACCCAAUGUCACAGUCAUGGUCGGGGAAUUAGUUGGAGCACGGCUUAUUGCUCAUGCAGGUUCUCUUUUGAAUUUGGCUAAGCAUGCAGCUUCUACAGUUCAGAUUCUUGGAGCAGAAAAGGCACUCUUCCGGGCCCUCAAAUCUCGACGGGACACCCCAAAGUAUGGUCUCAUUUACCAUGCUUCACUUGUGGGCCAGACAAGUCCUAAACACAAAGGGAAGAUUUCCCGAAUGCUGGCAGCCAAAACUGUUUUGGCUAUUCGUUAUGAUGCUUUUGGUGAGGACUCCAGUUCUGCGAUGGGAGUUGAGAAUAGAGCCAAAUUAGAGGCCAGGUUGAGGACCUUGGAAGAUAGAGGGAUAAGAAAAAUAAGUGGAACAGGGAAGGCAUUAGCAAAAGCAGAAAAAUAUGAACACAAAAGUGAAGUGAAGACUUACGAUCCUUCUGGUGACUCCACACUUCCAACCUGCUCUAAAAAACGCAAAAUAGAACAAGUGGAUGACGAGGGUGAAGUUACUGAAAAGAAAGCGAAAAAGGCCAAGAUUAAAAUUAAAGGUGAGUUUGAAUGUUUUGUUGAAGAAGAGGAAGAAGAUAAAGUGGAAGAGGUAGAAGAGGAAACUCCUGUGAAGAAGAAGAAGAAAAAGGAUAAAAAGAAACACAUUAAGGAAGAGCCGCUCUCUGAGGAAGAGCCGUGUACCAGCACAGCAAUUCCAAGCCCAGAGAAAAAGAAGAAAAAGAAAAAAAAGAAAGAUGAUGACCAAUAGAUGGAAACUGUCAUUCUCUCACCUGGAUACAUCACGCUUCCAUUAGGAAUGUGCCAGAGAUGCCAUCUGCUAUGUUGGGGAGGUUGAGUAAAACAAAGCAAAUCAUUCAUCUAUAGCUUUUUAACCCAAUCUGUGUCUUGUCAUGCAUUUGUUAAACUUAUUAUAUUAUUUCCUAGAGUCUUUGGUAAACAAAUAAAAAUAUUUUCUUUGUAUUUUGAAGCAUUUCUGUGAUCUCUUUCCAUGUUGGAUCGAGAGUCUUUGGACUUACUUGGCACCUCGUGAUUGCAUUGAACAUUGUAGAAAAAUUGAACAUUCAGAAUUAUUGGGAGUUAGAUUGAAAGUUGAACUUUCAGAACUUGGACCAAUUUCAAAAUCUCACUGCUGAGUUUCUCUUACCUUCUCUCAGUAUUUUUCCCUCUUAUCUUUCUGCCUUUGUACUUAAAAAUAAAGAUUUGUUUCUUGUUCAAA